AUGAGGGGAGUGUUGAAUGAAAUUGCAAAUUUUCUUUGGGAGAUUAGCUCUGUCUCGAAGAGAGCCUGUAGUGUAACAUUGGUGCUUUCAAUGACCCUUUCCUUCACCAUGAAGAAUGAGGAGAUAGCUGCUAUGCUUCAAGCUUUGGACCUCAAGUUUCAGCAAUAUACGGAGGCACAGCGGGCAGAUUUUCAAUCACUUCUGGACAAGCAUGUUGCUAAGACGGAGGAACGCCUUGCUCAGGUGACUUCCCAACCAUCACCGGGCACGGAUGGAGCUGCUAGUGCAGUAGGCGAAGCUAGCAAAUCAGUGGGUAAGCUUCCGACACUACUUUCGGAUUUCAGGGAUGUGAAUGCUAUGAUAAAAACAUUACGGGUUAAGGUACCCAGAUUUGAUGGAGCCAAUGUUGAGGAUUGGAUUUACAAGAUCAAUAAAUUUUUUGAUCUUCAUCGUGUUGAUCACUCAAUGCGUCUAACUGUGGUGGCAUUUCACUUGGACAGAGCUCCAUCUACUUGGUUUCAAUGGAUGGAACAGGGGGGAGCAUUUGCUGAUUGGGACUCCUUUCUGCGGGCGUUGAAACAACGUUUUGGUAGUUCAAUAUAUCAUGAUCCACUGGGUCACAUCUCCAAACUUAUGCAGACAGGCCGAGUAUCAGAUUACAGAGCUGAAUUUGAAUCCUUGAUGCCCAUAAUCUCAGGAGUGAGUGAGUCUAUGUUCUUGAACUUCUUUGUGUGGGGUCUAAAAUUGGAAAUUCGGAGGGAGUUAUUGAUGCUGAAACCAGUGGAAUUGGCGGAUGCAAUGGCGAAAGCGCAAUUGUUUGAGGAUCAUCACGACGAUAUGACCACUCGAAGUAGAGGUGAUGGCAGUCGUUCUACUUGGAUUCCUCGAUCAAAUGGCACCAAUUCGGGCACUGUGGUGGUACCUCCGCCAGCAACCAAACAAGUUUUCUCUUCUGCAGCACCAACAAACAGACCACCACCAGCCGGUACUCAUUCAUUACCUAUUAAACGUUUAACACCCGUGGAAUUGAAAGAUAGAAGGGAUCGGGGUGUGUGUUUUACUUGUGAUGAAAAGUUCACUUAUGGUCACAAGUGUAAAAACAAGAUGUUGUUGUAUUGUGAAUAUGGAGACGAAGACUGUGAAGAAUUUACAACGUUAAAAUUUCCAGGGGAUGGGGAUACAACUGAAGAGGAGGUGAGUUUCAAUUCACUAACGAAUUCGAUGAAUCCGCGCAUUUUUCGAAUCAUGGCGAAGCAUGGGAGUGACGCCUCGGAGGUGUUAAUUGAUACGGGUAGCAAUAAUAAUUUUUUACUGGAAUCAUUAGCCUCUCAGUUGAACUUACCGUGGGAGGAUACUAAGCGUUUUAAGGUGUAUAUGGGGAAUGGAAAUUUUCUACUGUGCUCUAAGAUUUGCACGGAUGUUGAACUGGUUUUGCAGGGCCAUUCAUUUGUUGUUGAUCUAUAUGUGUUACCAAUUUGUGGUCUGGAUGUGGUAUUAGGCACGCAGUGGUUACAAACUAUGGGCCAGUGUAUCCAUGAUCAUAAGGCUUUAACCAUGGAAUUCUCGUGGAAAGGUAGCUUGGUAAAAUUAGCUGGUUCCAUUGAGGUAGUAGCUCACCAAGUUUCGUACAACCAAUUUACUGCCUUGUUGCGCAAGGGAGAAGUCCGAGAUGUGUAUCGCCUCGCUGCAGUCAUGGCGGAGGAAAAUAACACAGGCACCAAUCUAGCAUUAGUGGAUUUGACAAUUCCUACUGUUGGUAAGGGUCUGCUCACUGACUACGCAGAUGUAUUCGAGGAUCCCAAACAGCUACCUCCUUGCAGAGUUGUGGACCUUCAGAUCUUUCUCCAACCCGGAUCACUGCCGGUGAAUAUUCGUCCUUACAGGUACCCUUAUUUUCAGAAGGAUAUAAUUGAGAAAUUGGUUGAAGAAAUGAUGGGAAUGGGUUUCAUCAGAUCGAGCACUAGCCCUUAUUCUUCUCCGGUGUUACUAGUUAAAAAGAAGGACAGGUCUUGGCAUUUUUGUGUCGACUAUCGAGCUCUCAAUGGUCUCACGGUCAAGGACAGAUUUCCCAUCCCUACCAUUGAGGAGUUACUAGACGAAUUGGGCCUGUCAAUGGUUUUUUCUAAGCUGGAUUUACGGGCAGGGUAUUAUCAAAUAAGAAUGGAUCGAAGGGACAUUCGUAAGACAGCGUUCUGGACCCAUGAGGGACAUUAUGAGUUUGUGGUAAUGCCAUUCGGGCUCACCAAUGCACCUUCUACAUUCCAGGGAGCCAUGAACCAAGUUUUUCGGCCUUUCUUGAGACAAUUUGUCAUUGUAUUUUUUGAUGACAUAUUGGUAUAUAGUACCAAUGAGGACGAGCACGUUACUCAUCUCAAGAAGGUCUUGCAGCAAUUACGUGAGCAUCGUUUUUACGCCAAAGUAACUAAGUGUCAAUUCUUUCAGAAAAAAAAUUCAAUACUUAGGACAUUUGGUAUCUGCAAAUGGUGUCCAAGCCGACCCUGCCAAGAUAUCCGCCAUGUUGGAGUGGCCAACACCAACUUCACUUAG